UCGGCCUGUGUCUCAAUCAAUACCCGGGAACUCAUUAUCCUAGCUGCUACAGCCUUCUUCCUACUCGCCCUUUCCUGUCCACCUUUAUUGAGGAAUGGGAGAUUGUUCCGAAGCUACAACCAUGACAAAGAGCCUCCGAAUAUCAAACUGUCAGAAGCAAACACGGUUAGAUCAUUUUACAGGAAGCGUGUCGACUUUCUAAGAGACGGCUUUAAACAGACAGGAUCAUGGGCGUUUCAGUUUAACUUGCUCAGGAAUCGGGUUAUAGCCGUUUCUGGGGAAGAAGGGCGAAAAAUACUUUUGCGAGAGUCAGGACUUGAUCUCUAUGAAGGAUUCCAGAUUGUUCUCAAGUCUAUUCCUAAGGGCUUCGAUCAUCAGCAAGUCAAUUCAUUUUAUAAGCACCUCUUGUAUCUCCAGAAAUCCGAUAGCCUGAGCUUUAGUGGGUCUACAGCCUUCGCCAGGAAAGUGAAUAUCUUUUGUUCUAAUGCAUGUAUAGUGAUACCCUACCUUCUCUCUGAUUGUCAGCGCAAGAUAGACACUUGGGGUGGUCAAGGUCUAUUGAAUCCCAAUUUGGCCAUCUAUGAUGUGGGUCAUUACUUCUUGAUUACGUUUGUCAUGGUUAUGCGGGCCCUCACUUCGUUCGAUAUCACCGACGACUUGGCCCUUCUGUCUCGCCUACAGGGGUGGUUCGAUGUUCUUGAUUCCUCUACCGAGCCAUUCUCGGUUCUUUUUCCAUGGAUUUAUGGUCCUGCUUCGAUCCGAAGACUGUGGGCUGCAACAAACCUCUACUUAACAUUCAAAAGAUUUAUUCGCAAGAGAAUGAACGGUGGAACUACAAGACCGGAUGCGCUUCAGAAGCUCAUAGACAGCAACCACACUGAAGAAUAUAUGACCAGGUUCAUGAUGGCUCUUCCUUUGGCAGGGGCUCGUUCCACGGGAACAAUUGGGAAAUGGCUCAUCAUGUUUCUCUCAUCUGACCCAACAUGGGCUUUGGCUGUUCGCCAAGAAGUCGAAGGCCUUCUUUCAACCUACAAUAUCUCUCUACCACACAAUCCGUCCCACAAAGACUUCACCAACGCACUAUCCCAAAUUCUUCUCACAGCCUGGGAAACCAAAAUGCCUUCUCUUGACCUCUGCAUCCGUGAGACAAUGCGAAUUGCCCAACCUCACACAGCCCUUCGCAAAAACAUAGGUCCGGACCUUGUUGCUGGGGACUACACGAUUCCUUCCGGAGCGUUUGUUGUUUAUUCAUUCUUGGAUACAACUAUGAAUCCUUCGCACUAUGCCGACCCAACUCGCUGGGACCCCUCUCGGCUACUUCACAACGACGUACCAUCUAUAGGGUGGGGGAUGGGCAAUCAUCUUUGCAAAGGGCAGAGACUUGCCUUGUUGACGAUGAAGCUUUUGACUUCUUCUUUGCUUCUAAGGUUCGACUUGUCCAUGGUUGAUGAGCAACUUGAAAGGAUGCAGGUACCACCCGUGCCGAAUUAUAACGACCAGCUUACUUGUCAGCCCAAGGAUAUUUGCAGCAUCAAAUUUACUGAAAGAAUAUCAUGA